AUUACUAAAAAAACUAAAAAAAAUUAUAUAUUUUUAACAAAAAAAAAACCAACAGAAUUGAUUAUUUAUUAUAUAAAUUAUCAUUUAAUUAAUUAUUUAGUUUAUUAUAUGUACGUUAAGUGGCCACUUAAAAUCGCUAUUCUGUGCAGUGUUUUAGUAGUUUUUGGUGUAAUAGCUGGUGUGGGAUUUCCCAAAUUAAUGCAGUCAAUGAUUAAAAAACAAAUAAAUCUAAAACCCAAUUCUGAAACACGCAAAAUGUGGGAAAGUUUUCCAAUUUCUAUAAAAUUUUCCAUUUACGUUUGGAAUGUCACCAAUCAUCAAGAAGUGGAAGAGGGUGGCAAGCCCAAAUUGCAAGAAGUGGGACCAUUUGUAUUUGAAGAAUGGAAAGAUAAAUACGAUAUAGCAGAUAUUGAUGCAGAAGAUGCUGUAGAGUUCAACAUGCGUAAUACAUUUAUUUUUAGACCGGAUUUGGGCUUAGGUGGUGAGGAACUUGUCAUUAUGCCUCAUCCUUUAAUACAGAUCAUGGCAAUUUCCAUUAAACGCGAUAAAGCUCCCAUGCUUAAAUUGAUUGCAGAAGGUUUGGAGGAGAUUUUCAAACCAAGCAGUGCUUUUAUUCAAGCUUCAUUUAUGGAUAUUUUCUAUAGAGGCUUCAAUGUGGAUUGUAGUAGUAAUAAUUUUGCUGCCAGUGCCAUUUGUCUGAAUUUUCAUACGGGAAACGUAAAGGGAGGUGUUCAGUAUAACGAGACGUUAUUUAAAUUUUCUCUAUUGUCAGCGGGUAUUUUCCAAUUUCAAACAACUGAAAAAGGCUUAGUAUUUCUUAGAACAUUUAAAAUAAAUAAACUCAAAAUGAUAUUGUUACUAUUGCCAAUACAAAUCUAUAAACGUUUGGCAAUUUGUUGUGUGGUACUAAUAUCGGUGGCCGUAAUAAGUAUUCUCGGAUUUCCCAAGUUAAUGAAAAUAAUGAUUAAAAAAGAAAUUAAUUUAAAACCCAAUUCGGAGACCCGACAAAUGUGGCAGGAAUUUCCAAUACCAGUGAUGUUUUCCAUUUAUGUUUUCAAUGUCACAAAUCCGAAAGAUGUUGAAAAUGGUGAUAAACCCAAGUUAAAUGAAGUGGGGCCAUUUGUGUUUGAAGAAUGGAAAGAUAAAUACGAUAUAGCAGAUAUUGAGGAAGAAGAUGCAGUGGAAUUCAAUAUGCGCAAUACAUUCAUUUUAAGAAACGAUUUGGGUUUAAGUGGCGAAGAAAUCGUUACUAUGCCUCAUCCUUUAAUACAGUUUGUAGCCAUUUCUAUUAAACGUGAAAAAGCCGCCAUGCUCGAAAUGAUUGCCCAAGGGUUGCAGGAUAUUUUUAAACCUACAAGUGCCUUUAUUAAAGCCCCAUUUAUGGAUAUUUUCUAUAGAGGUUUCGAUGUGGAUUGUUCGGAUAGUGACAGUUUUGCUGCUAGCGCUAUUUGUCUAAAUUUUCAUACGGGGUCUGUUAAAGGUGCUAGACAAAUCAAUGAAACACAUUUUAAAUUUUCCCUUUUGGGAGCGAGUAAUCACAGUGACGCUGGACGUUUUAAAGUCUCGCGUGGCAUCAAAAACAAUCGUAUGUUGGGUCAAGUCUUAGAGUUUGAUGGAGAUGAUGAACUAAACGUUUGGCCCGGUGAGGAAUGUAAUAAAUUCAAAGGAACAGAUUCAACAAUAUUUGCACCCCUUAUGAAACCCAGUGAAGGGUUGUGGACAUUUUCAGCGGAUCUAUGUCGUUCGCUAGGACCCCAAUAUCAAAAGAAAGUUAAAUACAAUGGUUUGCCAGCCUUAAGAUACACCAUGGACUUUGGUGAUGUAAAGAAUGAACCCGAAAAUCAAUGCUUUUGCAAAGAUUAUCCCGACGAUUGCCCAGCCAAAGGUACUAUGGAUUUAUCGUUGUGCAAUGAAACGCCCAUGAUUGCCUCUAUGCCGCAUUUUCUAAAUGCUGAUGCUAAGUUGUUGCAAGAUGUUGAGGGUUUGCAACCGGAUGAAAUGAAACAUGGAAUCCAUAUAGAUUUUGAAAUUAUCUCCGGUACACCCUUAUCCCUGGCCAAACGUUUACAAUUCAAUUUGGAUGUGGAACCCAUUAAGGAGUUACCCGUCAUGAGCAAGUUGAAACCUUUGGUAAUGCCUCUGUUUUGGGUGGAAGAAGCUGUGAAUUUGGAUAAAAGUUUUACGGAUCUCAUAAAAUCAAAAGUUUUUACGUAA